AUGGAGCCUGGCUACUCGUACUCUUCCACGGGCCUCAACGCCCCCAAUCCCUUCUACAGUUCCGCAGAUGCCAACGGCAGCUACACCAGCGUUGUCGGUGGCGCAGGGACGAGUGAUACCAAUCACAGCAUGAUGCCAGGCUCGGGCGCAGUCUAUACUCCAGGCUACGAAGACGAGAGCAAGCAGCCCCUCAACGAAAAGUACGGCGCAGGCACUGUGGGCUACCAGCUCCAGGAUUACCAAGUCGGCGGGCCAGGCUUCGCACCUCCGCGUACCAACACGCCUUACUCGAGCGCCCAAGACUCUCAAUCAGAUAGCGCUUCACAGGCUGCGUGGGUUCAGCGUCAACAGAUCCCCAAACGUGGCCUCACUCGCAAGGUGAAACUGACGCGAGGCAACUGGAUCGUUGACCAUCGCGUCCCGACGGCGGUCCGCAAUGCCGUCGAGCCCAAAUGGGGUUCGGGUGUCCAGACCAACGAGUUCUCUCACAUGCGAUAUACUGCCGCUACCUGCGAUCCCGACGACUUUACCGCCGAAAAUGGUUGGACUCUCAGGACAUCAUCCCAAUACCAGCGCGACACAGAGCUGCUCAUCGCUAUUACCUAUUACAAUGAAGACCGCAUCCUCCUCGCUCGUACACUGCAUGGAGUCAUGCUCAACAUUCGCGACAUCUGCAAGUCGAAAGCCAGCAAGUUCUGGAGGAGAUCAGCAGAGGAGGGAAGACCGGGAUGGCAGCGCAUCGUCGUCUCGCUCAUCUUUGACGGUAUCGACCCGUGUGACAAAGAGGUCCUUGAUCUCCUCGCUACAGUCGGUGUCUACCAGGAUGGAGUCAUGAAGAAGAAGGUCGACGGCAAGGAGACGGUCGCCCACCUCUUCGAGUACACGACGCAGCUGUCCGUAGACCCAAGUCCAGCACUCGUCCAACCGCAUCGCGACGAUCCAUCCAACCUCGUGCCCGUGCAGAUGAUCUUCUGCCUCAAGCAACGCAACUCCAAGAAGAUCAACUCGCAUCGCUGGCUCUUCAACGCCAUUGGCAAGCAGCUCCAGCCUGAGAUCUGCAUCCUCCUCGAUGCGGGUACCAAGCCGGGACACAAGUCGCUCUACUACCUAUGGGAGGCCUUCUACAACAACAAGAAUCUUGGCGGAGCAUGUGGAGAGAUUCACGCCAUGUUGAAGGGUGGACGCAAGCUCAUCAACCCGCUCGUUGCUGCGCAGAACUUUGAGUACAAAAUGUCCAACAUCUUGGACAAGCCCCUCGAGUCGAGCUUCGGCUACGUCUCUGUGUUGCCCGGCGCCUUCUCUGCGUACCGAUACCGAGCCAUCCAGGGUCGCCCACUCCAGCAGUACUUCCACGGCGACCACACGCUCGCCGAUCGUCUUGGCAAAAAGGGAAUCCACGGCAUGGGCAUCUUCACCAAGAACAUGUUCCUCGCCGAAGACCGUAUCCUCUGCUUCGAGCUUGUCGCCAAGGCCGGAGACAAGUGGACGCUCACCUACGUCAAGCCGGCAAAGGGAGAGACGGACGUGCCCGAGGGAGUCGCCGAGCUCAUCUCGCAGCGACGUCGUUGGCUCAACGGGUCCUUUGCCGCUUCCGUCUACGCUACGGUGCACUUCUUCCGCAUCUACAAGAGCAAUCAUGGGAUUAUUCGACUCUUCUUCUUCCACCUCCAAGCACUCUACAACAUCUUCGUCCUCUUCUUCUCGUGGUUCGCCUUGGCGAACUUGUGGCUCACCUUUUCGAUUAUCAUCCAGUUCUUGCCGGAGCAGCUCCUCAAGAACUCGGGACAGACGACGCUCGAGAUCUUCCACUGGGUCAACCUCGUUCUCAAGUGGAUCUACGUCUUCUUCCUCGUCCUGCAAUUCGUCCUCGCGCUGGGCAACAGACCAAAGGGCGAGCGAGCGACGUACAUCACAUCGUUCGUCGUCUUUGGCCUUCUUGGCCUGUACCUCAUCGUCACUUCACUCUGGCUCACGGUCAACUCCUUUGCGGACAAGAACCUGACGACGCUUGCAGGCAUCAAGUCCCUCUUCACCAGCCAGGAGAACGCAGUCCUGAUCGCAGCCCUCGCAGCCACGUUCGGCGUCUACCUCAUCGCCUCGAUCCUCUUUGCCGACCCGCUCCAUAUGAUCACCAGCUUCCCGCAGUACCUCGUCAUCGCGCCUAGCUUCAUCAACAUCCUCAACGUGUACUCGUUCUGCAACUUGCACGACGUCUCGUGGGGCACAAAGGGAAGCGAUAAAGCGGACAGUCUGCCUUCGGUUGACACGAAGAAGGACAAAGGGCCGGCGGGCACCGUGGAGGAGGUAGAGCGUCCCCAGGAGGACAUCGAUGCUACGUUCAAGGACGUCGUAUCACGCGCCGUUGCGCCCAUGCAUGCCGAGACGGGCGAGAAGGAGAAGCCAACGAUGGACGACGGCAACAAGACGUUCCGUACUCGUCUCCUCGCCAUCUGGCUGCUCAGCAACGGCAUUCUCACUGUGGCCAUUGAGAAUGUCAAUGGGUACAACGAGGGCUUGACGCAGAAGCAGAUCAAUCAGGUGCAGUCCACCAAGCAGUCGACGUACUUCUCCAUCAUCCUGUGGUCGACCUUUGGACUGGCGCUGUUCCGCUUCAUCGGCGCGCUACACUACUGGGUCAUCAGGCAGUCGACUCGUUGCUUCCGCAAGAGCUGA